GGCUUUCCAGGUCCCCGGCCUCGUCCGCCGCCCAGUCCCUUCUCGCCUGGGCAGCCCCUUCCCCUUGGGAACUGCCGCCGCCCCCUCCUAGCCAGUCCUCUCUGCCGCAAACCCGCGCUGCAGGUAACAGCGGGCCAACGAAACUGAUCCAGCCAUGGCGACUCCCUCAGCUGCCUUUGAGGCCCUUAUGAAUGGAGUGACAAGCUGGGAUGUCCCUGAAGAUGCCAUCCCAUGUGAACUGCUUCUUAUUGGAGAAGCCUCCUUCCCAGUGAUGGUGAAUGACAUGGGUCAGGUCCUCAUUGCUGCCUCCUCCUAUGGCCGAGGCCGCCUGGUGGUUGUGUCCCAUGAGGACUACUUGGUGGAAGCCCAACUCACUCCCUUUCUCCUCAAUGCAGUGGGUUGGCUUUGUUCUUCCCCUGGGGCUCCCAUUGGUGUCCACCCAUCCCUGGCACCCCUGGCCAAAAUCCUCGAGGGCUCUGGCUUGGAGGCGAAGAUUGAGCCAGAAGUGAAAGACUCCCUGGGGGUUUACUGUAUUGAUGCCUAUAACGAAACCAUGACUGAAAAGUUGGUCAAGUUUAUGAAACGUGGAGGGGGCUUGCUCAUUGGAGGGCAGGCCUGGGAUUGGGCCAACCAGGGUGAUGAUGAAAGAGUUCUGUUCACGUUCCCUGGCAACCUCGUGACCAGCGUGGCUGGCGUGUACUUCACCGACAACAAAGGGGACACAAGUUUCUUUAAAGUCUCUAAGAAGAUGCCCAAGAUCCCAGUCUUAGUUAGUUGUGAAGAUGAUCUCUCUGAGGAUAGAGAGGAGCUGCUGCACGGGAUUUCAGAGCUGGACAUCAGCAACUCGGAUUGUUUCCCAUCCCAGCUGCUAGUGCACGGGGCAUUAGCCUUUCCCCUGGGGUUAGAUUCCUACCAUGGCUGUGUUAUCGCGGCUGCCCGCUAUGGCCGGGGCCGCGUGGUCGUGACUGGCCACAAGGUAUUAUUCACCGUUGGUAAACUGGGCCCUUUUCUGCUCAAUGCCGUGCGUUGGUUGGACGGGGGCCGCCGAGGCAAGAUCGUGGUGCAAACAGAACUGAGGACACUGAGUGGUCUGCUCGCAGUGGGGGGCAUAGACACCAGCAUCGAACCCCACCUGACCAGUGAUGCGAGUGUCUAUUGCUUUGAGCCCGUGAGUGAUGUGGGAGUCAAAGAGCUGCAGGAGUUUGUAGCAGAGGGCGGGGGACUAUUCGUUGGAGCCCAAGCCUGGUGGUGGGCCUUCAAGAACCCCGGAGUGUCCCCCUUGGCUCGGUUCCCAGGAAACCUCCUCCUCAACCCCUUUGGCAUCAGCAUCACAAGCCAAAGCCUGAAUCCAGGGCCCUUUCGUACUCCUAAAGCAGGGAUUAGGACCUAUCACUUCCGCUCCACCCUGGCCGAGUUCCAGGUGAUCAUGGGCCGGAAGAGAGGGAAUGUGGAAAAGGGCUGGUUGGCCAAGCUGGGGCCGGAUGGCGCCGCUUUCCUGCAGAUCCCUGCGGAAGAGAUCCCUGCCUACAUGUCUGUGCACCGGCUCCUGCGGAAGCUGCUCAGUCGAUACCGGCUCCCAGUAGCAACCCGAGAGAACCCCGUUAUCAACGACUGCUGCAGGGGCGCCAUGCUCUCCCUGGCCACCGGUCUGGCCCACUCGGGAAGCGACCUCUCUCUGUUAGUCCCAGAAAUAGAAGAUAUGUACAGCAGCCCCUACCUGCGCCCCUCGGAAACUCCUAUCACCGUUGAAGUCAACUGCAACAAUCCAGGCACCAGAUAUUGCUGGAUGAGUACCGGGCUCUACAUACCUGGGAGGCAAAUUAUAGAGGUCUCACUGCCUGAAGCUGCUGCCUCUGCUGACCUGAAGGUACAGAUUGGCUGCCACACUGACGACCUGACCAGGGCCAGCAAGCUGUUCCGAGGCCCACUGGUGAUUAACCGGUGCUGCUUGGACAAGCCCACGAAAUCCAUCACCUGCCUCUGGGGUGGCCUGCUCUAUAUCAUCGUGCCCCAGAGCAGCAAACUGGGUUCUGUGCCCGUCACUGUUAAGGGGGCUGUGCAUGCUCCAUACUACAAGCUGGGGGAGACAUCCCAGGAGGAGUGGAAGAGGCGUAUCCAGGAGAACCCAGGUCCCUGGGGAGAGCUGGCUACGGACAACAUCAUCCUGACAGUGCCGACCGCAAAUCUUCGUACCCUGGAGAAUCCUGAGCCACUGCUUCGCCUCUGGGAUGAGGUGAUGCAGGCUGUGGCACGGCUAGGGGCCGAGCCCUUCCCUUUGCGCCUGCCUCAGAGGAUUGUUGCCGACGUGCAGAUCUCAGUUGGCUGGAUGCAUGCAGGGUACCCCAUCAUGUGCCAUCUGGAAUCUGUGCAAGAGCUCAUCAAUGAGAAACUCAUCAGAACCAAGGGGCUGUGGGGCCCUGUGCAUGAGCUUGGCCGCAACCAGCAGCGGCAGGAAUGGGAGUUCCCCCCGCACACCACCGAGGCCACCUGCAACCUGUGGUGUGUUUACGUGCAUGAAACGGUCUUGGGCAUUCCUCGAGGCCGUGCCAAUAUUGCUCUCUGGCCCCCAGUUCGGGAGAAGAGAGUCAGAAUCUACCUGGGCAAGGGCCCCAAUGUGAAAAACUGGAAUGCGUGGACUGCCCUGGAAACUUAUUUACAGCUCCAGGAGGCCUUUGGUUGGGAGCCAUUCAUCCGCCUCUUUACCGAGUAUCGAAACCAGACCAACUUGCCCACAGACAAUGUUGACAAAAUGAAUCUGUGGGUGAAGAUGUUCUCCCACCAAGUGCAGAAGAAUCUGGCUCCGUUCUUUGAGGCCUGGGCGUGGCCUAUCCAGAAGGAAGUGGCUACCAGCCUGGCCUAUCUGCCUGAAUGGAAGGAAAAUAUUAUGAAAUUGUACCUCCUCACACAGAUGUAAGGAGUGCCCAGCGAGGUGGCAGGCCCCACUGAAACUGAAGUCAAGAAAUACGAAAGAAAAUUGACACAUCUCAGCAAAGAAAAAUGGAUGGAUGUGAAUAUAUGUGAAGAAGAUCUCAACACAUUUCUGGAAGAGAGAAAGUAGAUGAAGCGUGAUAAUGAAUGAAAGAGUGAAGAUACCCUUCAGACAGAACAACAUAACCCCAGAGAGACUUGGGCAUCUGAAAAGUCUAUCUACUAAAGAAUUAUACCAGUUGUAAAAUUGAACCCCAUCCCAUUCUACCCGAACCCUUGUGCGCAGAACACAGGCAGUCUGCAAUUGUUGCCAGUUAAAAAUCUGUUGUUGUUGUUGUUGUUGUUGUUGUUUGUGUAAAGGAACUGAAUAAACUGCCUGAGGAGAGGUAGGAGUUGGUGCAGCAGAAUAAAAUUUCUCUGUUUGUGGAAAUAAGUGAACCCUAGUCUAUCAGCGAAUUCUCUGACAGUUGAAACCCCUCCUUAAGUACUCAAGUGCUUCUAGUGAGAAAGAGGCUUAGUGGAGAAACAGACCCAACCAUACAAGGGCAGAGGAAACUCUGCCCACCACCCACACCAACUCCUAAAAAAGUCAGCAGUUACAUUGAUUCUUAAAUGCAAAUGAUCAGCUAGAAAUUCCCAGAUAUUGUGCAUUGGGAGAGCAGGGGGGGACCAAGGGAGAAGCAUGUAAGAAGAAUAACCAAUUAGAAUUAGGAAAAUUGAAAAUACAACAAACUCUGGAGGAAACAAAGUUAUCAUGGAAAAAAUAACUUAAAAAUCUAGGUAUAUCUUCAGAGAGAUCUGAGGUGCAUUUGUAAGACGAAAACAGGAUGCUACAAAAAAAGGAAAAACUCUGAGAAUAAGAAUAGCCCUUGGAAAAUGAAAUAAAACUGCCAAAAAUAUCCAGUAGACAGGCUGGAAAAUAAAGUUGAGGGAACCUCCUUAGAUAUAGAGCAAAAAGAAAUAGCAGAAAAUAUGAAGAAAGGAAAGACAUAGACAAUCAAUAUCUAACCGUUAGGAGUUUCUGGAAGAGAGAAAAUAGAAAAUAUAGGUGAAGAAGUAAAAAGGAAAAGGAUUGAAGAACAGAAAGAACAAGGGGCCCCAGUACAACCUACAUCUAAACACAGUUUUGUGAAAUUUUGGAAUAUUAAGGAUGGAGGGAAGACGUUAAAAGUGCCCAGAGAGAAAAUAAAAUUACAUCAUCAUAAUUAGCUCAGCUGAAAAGGGAUGAGAAAUAGACUGGCAACAAAUUUUCAACAACAACGCUGAAUGGAAUGCCAAUGGAGCAAUAUCCUCACAGAUCUUACAGAAAAUUUACUUACCCAGAAUUCCAUAGCAAGCCAAACUGUCAAGAGUCAAGUCAAAAUA